GGCGCCGGGGCGGCCGGGCUGUUACCUUCUCCCGCGGUGGGCGCGCGGAACCCCGCGGGCCGACGGCGGCCGGCCGACGCCGAGACGCCCCUCGGGUGGCUUUAGCAUCCUGUUGCGCCGCGGCCGCCCCGCCGAUCGGGUUCCUUCAGGAGACUUCGACUUGUUCGAGAUGAGCUGGAGAAGAAUCACUAUUGGGAAUUGCGGAACACAGGACUCAAGGGUAGAGAAAGGGCUUGAGAGGAUCCUGGGAUAAUUCCUAGAAAGAGCAACUAUUUGCUGUUUAAACCCUGAAGACAGAACUUAUACCUGAUGGCCAAAAGAAAGGAAGGAAAUUUCUUCUCUCCUGGAAAUGCCAAAAGACCAAGACAAGAAGAGCUGGAUGAUUUUGAUAAAGAUGGUGACGAAGAUGAAUGUACAGUUUCUUUCACUAAUGGUACCUCUACUUUGACAGCAGCAGAAGUUGGAAUAAUUGAGAGUAUUCAGCUCAGAAACUUCAUGUGUCAUUCGAUGCUUGGACCCUUUAAAUUUGGUUCUAAUGUCAACUUUGUUGUUGGCAACAAUGGAAGUGGGAAGAGUGCAGUACUCACAGCUCUCAUAGUUGGUCUUGGUGGAAAAGCAGUUGCUACUAACCGAGGAUCUUCUUUGAAAGGUUUUGUGAAAGAUGGACAGAACUCAGCAGAUAUCUCAAUAACAUUAAGGAACAGAGGGGAUGAUGCCUAUAGAGCCAGUGUGUACGGUGACUCUAUAAUUGUGCAACAGCACAUCAGCAUGGAUGGAAGUCGAUCUUAUAAACUGAAAAGUGAAACAGGCGCCGUGGUUUCCACUAGGAAAGAAGAACUGAUUGGAAUUCUUGAUCAUUUUAACAUACAGGUAGAUAAUCCAGUUUCUGUCUUAACGCAAGAGAUGAGCAAGCAGUUCUUGCAGUCUAAAAAUGAGGGAGACAAAUACAAAUUCUUUAUGAAAGCCACCCAACUGGAACAAAUGAAGGAAGAUUAUUCAUACAUCAUGGAAACGAAAGAAAGAACAAAGGAGCAGAUAAAUCAAGGAGAAGAGCGACUUACUGAACUAAAGCGCCAGUGUUUAGAGAAAGAAGAACGUUUUCAAAGUAUUGCUGGCUUAAGUACAAUGAAGACCAAUCUGGAAUACUUGAAACAUGAAAUGGCUUGGGCAGUGGUCAAUGAAAUUGAAAAACAACUGAAUGCUAUCAGAGAUAACAUCAAAAUUGGAGAAGAUCGUGCUGCUAGACUUGAGAGGAAAAUGGAAGAACAGCAGGUCAGACUUAAUGAAGCAGAAAAAAAGUACAAGGAUAUUCAAGAUAAACUAGAAAAGAUUAGUCAAGAGACAAAUGCACGAGCACCAGAAUGUAUGGCAUUGAAAGUAGAUCUUACUUCUAAGAAAAGGGCCUAUAAUGAAGCUGAGGUUUUAUACAACCGUUCCCUAAACGAGUAUAGAGCAUUAAAGAAAGAUGAUGAGCAGCUUUGCAAAAGAAUUGAAGAACUGAGAAAAAGUGCUGAUCAGUCUUUGGAACCUGAACGGUUGGAAAGGCAAAAAAAAAUAUCUUGGUUAAAAGGAAGAGUAAAGGUCUUACAGGAUCAAGAAAGUUCAGUCAAUCAAGAGAUCGAACAAUUUCAGCAAGCCAUAGAAAAGGACAAAGAAGAACAUACCAGAAUUAAGAGAGAAGAGUUAGAUGUGAAGAAUACACUGAACUAUAAUCAGAGGCAACUGAAAGAAUUGAAAGAUAGUAAAACUGAUCGACUGAAAAGAUUUGGCCCUCAUGUUCCAGCUCUUCUGGAAGCCAUAGAUGAUGCUUACAGACGGGGGCAUUUUACCUAUAAACCUGUAGGCCCUUUAGGAGCUUGCAUUCAUCCUCGGGACGCUGAGCUUGCUUUGGCUAUUGAAUCUUGCUUAAAAGGACUUCUGCAAGCCUAUUGUUGCCAUAAUCAUGCUGAUGAAAGAGUGCUUCAGGCACUGAUGAAAAGGUUUUACUCACCAGGGACCUCACGGCCACAGAUAAUAGUUUCUGAGUUUCGGAAUGAGGUGUAUGAUGUAAGACACAGAGCUGCUUAUCAUCCAGAGUUCCCAACGGUUCUGACAGCUUUAGAAAUAGAUAAUGCAGUUGUCACAAAUAGCCUAAUUGACAUGAGAAGCAUAGAGACAGUGCUGCUGAUCAAAAAUAAUUCUGUAGCUCGUGCAGUAAUGCAGUCCCAAAAGCCACCCAAGAAUUGUAGAGAAGCUUUUACUGCUGAUGGUGAUCAAGUUUUUGCAGGGCGUUAUUAUUCAUCUGAAUAUAAAAGACCUAAGUUUCUCAGCAGAGAUGUGGAUUCUGAAAUAAGUGACUUGGAGAAUGAGGUUGAAAAUAAGAAAGCCCAGAUAUCAAAUCUUCAGCAACAUUUGUCUGCCCUUGAAAAGGAUAUUAAACACAAUGAAGAACUUCUUAGAAGGUGCCAACUACAUUAUAAAGAGUUAAAGAUGAAAAUGAGAAGAAGUAUUUCUGAAAUUCGGGAACUUGAGAAUAUAGAAGAACACCAGUGUGUAGAUAUUGCAACCUUGGAAGACGAAGCUCAAGAAAAUAAAAUCAAAAUGAAAAUGGUUGAGAAAAAUAUGGAACAACAGAAAGAGAAUAUGGAACAUUUUAAAAGUCUGAAAAUAGAAGCGGAAAACAAGUAUGAUGCAAUUAAACAGAAAAUUAAUCAGCUAUCAGAGCUAGCAGAUCCACUUAAGGAUGAAUUAAACCUUGCUGAUUCCGAAGUGGAUAACCAAAAACGAGGGAAACGGCAUUAUGAAGACAAGCAAAAAGAACACUUGGAUACUUUAAAUAAAAAGAAACGAGAAUUAGAUAUGAAAGAAAAAGAACUAGAGGAGAAAAUGACACAAGCAAGACAAAUCUGCCCAGAGCGGAUAGAAGUAAAAAAAUCUGCAUCAAUUCUAGACAAAGAAAUUAAUAGAUUAAGACAAAAGAUACAAGCAGAGCAUGCUAGUCAUGGAGAUCGAGAGGAAAUAAUGAGGCAAUAUCAAGAAGCAAGAGAAACCUAUCUUGAUCUGGAUAACAAAGUAAGGACUUUAAAAAGGUUUAUUAAAUUACUGGAAGAAAUAAUGACCAAUAGAUAUAAAACAUAUCAACAAUUUAGAAGGUGUUUGACUUUACGAUGCAAAUUGUACUUUGACAACUUAUUAUCUCAGCGGGCCUAUUGUGGAAAAAUGAAUUUUGACCACAAGAAUGAAACUCUUACUAUAUCAGUUCAGCCUGGAGAGGGAAACAAAGCCGCUUUCAAUGACAUGAGGGCCUUAUCUGGCGGUGAACGUUCGUUUUCCACAGUUUGCUUCAUUCUUUCUCUGUGGUCCAUUGCUGAAUCUCCUUUCAGAUGCCUGGAUGAGUUUGAUGUCUACAUGGAUAUGGUUAACCGGAGAAUUGCGAUGGACAUGAUACUCAAGAUGGCAGAUUCCCAGCGCUUCAGACAGUUUAUCCUGCUUACCCCUCAAAGCAUGAGUUCACUUCCAUCAAGUAAACUGAUUAGAAUUCUUCGAAUGUCUGAUCCUGAAAGAGGACAGACUACGUUGCCUUUCCGACCUGUGUCUCAAGGGGAAGAAGAAGACCGGGGUUGAUUUACUGUGGCUGACUGUGCCACACCCUCAUGCUGAAAGACCUGUAAGGGGAGACGUCGGGACUAUGGGAAAUAAAACGAAACUGAAGACAUUCUGCGGUGAAGGAGACUCACUCAUGUAUCUGACACAAUAAGCCUAGAAGACCGGCCACAGCCCGCAAUUUAAAAUUAUAAUUACUUUGCUUUGAGAAAAUCAACUUCAUAGUACUGGUUUUAAAUCUUUUUAAGUUUGUUUGUUUUUCAUUUUAACCAUCUACUUUUAUAGAUUAUUUUUCAGAAGUUUAAAAUUUUGUACAUAUGUACAUGUACAUAUCUGUUUAGUUUGGGUUCAUUUCUAUAGUAUUUUGUAAGAAUUAAAAUAAACAUUUGAUCACCUGGUUAUAUUUAGUUUUGCUUUUCCGGAAUAUUACAUUAUUCUCAUUGCAGGGGAUGGGGCAGCGCCCAGGCGGGCUGUGAACAGGACCAGUUUACAGUAGAUUCAUUGUCUGUUUUGUGCUUAUUAAUGAGGAGGGACCUACACAGGGCUGUAGGAACUUUGGUCACAAUCUCUGCAGGUCAUUUUUAACCCUAGAGAUACAAUUGCAGAUUUGGACGGUAGUUUUAAUUAUUGUGUUUCAUCACAUUUAAGAUGCUCUCUAUUAAGGCACGUUCUUGGAGCUUUACUAAAGCACUGCCAGUCCUGACACGGUGCCUUUCUCUGAGUCCCUUAACCAUCAUCCAUCCUACUAAGUGUCCAGCCCGUGUCGGAACUGGGUUAUGACCCACUGGUGCACCCUGACCUGCAGCGUGAUUGCUUUGCUUGCUUUCAAGUCCCGCAGUUUGCAGUCCAGAGCAUCUCAAGCUCUGGCUCAGCCGAGAGAGGACACAGGCCAGAGGGGCUGUGCAGACCAGGCUGAGGAGAGAGGGCCGGGGAAAUUGGGGCAGAGGACAGCUCCCCCUGGAGCAGAGAAGUAGCUGGGAGCCGAAGGCCCAGCUGCUGAUAGGGAGCUGAUGUCAGUUAGAAGACACACCCUGAUUUUAGAGUUGUUAAAAAGUGUGCUUCUUAGAAUGAUAAAAUAUAGCUUGUUGUAAGCAAUGGUAUUUAUGAACUUUUUUUUAAAGAAAACAUGAGUAGAACUCCUGCUUGUAUUCUCUAUGUUUGAUACUAGGAUUAGUGCUAACCUUUUUAAAAAGAUGUGGAUAUCCAACAAGAAGAAUUCCCUAUAUUGCUAGCAAUAAAUAUUUGUGAAAUUGAAAGGAAGUAUUUUAAGAAAAAGACAGUAUUUUAAAAGCAGUGACACUUCUGUAGUUACUGAGAAAAACUGGAUUUUUUUUUUGGUGAGGGGAGAGAGUCUAAUUUAGUCUUAAGUUGAGAUCCAUGGAUAAAUGAGAAGUCCAGAAACUGUGCUUUUCUAAUCUAAGAAUUUACAGAGAGAGAAACUGUGUGCCGCAUGUUUUAAACAUCCUCCACUAACAAUACAAAGUCUGAUUUUUUUAAAGGUACAUUUAUAAUUCAUUUGUAUCAAAACUAUUUUAACAUACAUGUGCUUUUUCAAAUAAAAAAAAUGAAGUAGAAUAUACCAAAUGCAUAAACUUUUAUUCGCUAAACAAUUUCAGUGUCUGAAUUUUUGUGGUAGUUUUUUAAUGUUGUGCUUCUUAAUACAGAAUGGGAAGUAGAAUCCUCAGGUAUCCAGGCAUCUCUUGUUGAGUUGAAGAUUAUUCAUUGCUUUGGCCUCACAAAGUCUUGGUUUCAACUAUCAUAAAUGAAAAUAUUUUCAAUUAAUAUUCUAAUGGUAAUAUUAAUUAGAAUAAAAAGAAAUUGCUUUUUUGAAAU